CCGGCGCAGGCGCAGUAAGCGGCGCCUGCCGGAAAGCCCGGGAGGUGGGCGCCGGGCGCGAGUCCGGCCGGGGCAGAGAAACUGAGCAGGGUGCCGGGCCGCGCCGCAGAAAGUGUGCAACAGCUUUGAUUAAAGAUGACCUCCUUGUUCACUCAAGAAAUUCGCCUUUCUAAAAGACAUGAGAAAAUAGUAUCGCAAAGAUUGAUGUUACUUCAACAAAUGGAGAGUAAAUUGGGAAAUCAAAACACAGAAAAGCCCUCUCAGCAGCAAGCUGAAACAGCUUUCAAAAGGAAUCUUAGCCUUUUAAAGGAUAUAGAAGCAGCUGAAAAGUCUCUACAGAGCAAGAUGCAGUCACAUCUACCACCUGAGGUAGUUUCUCUUGAGACUUGUUACUGGGCAUCAGUGGAAGAAUAUAUUCCCAAAUGGGAACAGUUUCUUUUAGGACAAGCACCAUAUCCUAUUAGUGUUGAAAAUCAAAAAGAAGCAGAAAACACAGUUCUAAAUGGGACACGGUGAUAACAGCUUCACACACUAUUUCAGAAAACCUCCCUAAUGGAGCUCAUCUUUAAAGAGCUUCUAGGUAAAUGCAGGAACUUGAGGGAUCAAGGGUGUUGGUGCUGGUGUGGUUCCAUUGACUCUGAGGGACGGAAAAGAGAGGAGCGCCUGCUGAGAAGUUUCUGGCUAUUCCCACUAUUCGGGAUCAUGAACUUGCUUUCUGCCAACCCCACAGAACUGUUAACAACUAAUAU